GUUCGGCAGGUUCGCGAUCAGAUCAGGACGGCCCUCUUCCGCCAGGCCCUGUUCAAAGUCCAGAAUGUGGAAGUCACCUACCUGGACGAAUGCAAAGAUGCGAGGGUCUUGAAGCGCAUCGUCAAGAGCACCAGCCCCUCCUUGCUGGGCCGCAUGUUGGAUCUGCGGAAUCCCAAGGAUGUGGCAGUGCUGAGGGAGGAGCUCUGGACCGUGGACCGCUGCGGUCAAGGAGCAGACUACAGGGUCCGCUACUACAAAGAAG